ACGCAGUGAAAAGACACAGGUGACCCUGUAGUUUGGAUUAUUUCCCUGAUGAAGUACUGUGACCUGCGCAAGUUAGGAUACGCUGGUCCUUCCUCGUCAUCUUCAGGCACUGCCCUAAAAGAGCUCUCAUUUUCUGUCUCUCCUUCAGCUAUAUCUCAGUUCGAAGAAACUCGGAACAAGAGGGAUUGAUCGAUAAAUUUGGAGAUGGCGAGUACAGUGGACGCGGGGAGCGAUCCAGUCCCAACAUCAGCGGUGCUGAUGGCGUCUUCAAAGCACAUCUCAUCGAAAUGCUUGCAGGAGAAUGUCGCGUUCUUGAAAUGCAAGAAGAAGGAUCCUAACCCGGAGAAGUGCCUGGAGAAAGGCUAUGAAGUCACUCGCUGCGUACUCGGACUGCUCAAGGACCUUCACCAGAGGUGCACAAAGGAGAUGGAUGCUUAUGCUCAUUGCAUGUACUACUACACAAAUGAAUUUGAUUUGUGUCGGAAAGAGCAGCAAGAGUUUGAGAAAGCAUGCCCUUUGGAAUGAGUGGCAGAAGGUUACCCAUUAUAUAUCUAAUGCUCUUAAUAAUUAAGGGGCCAGUCUGUAAUGAGCAAAUUCUACUGAUGUGCACAAUUCAAAUGGAACUGUUUCCGGUUAUCGAAUGCCCUUCUGUAUGUCUUCCAAUUUUUUAUUGUGAAAUGCUUUUUCAAAGCAA